AGUAAAUAACAUACCACCGAACACCAAGCAACUUCUCUUGUUUCUUUCCCUUCUCUUUGAACACAUUUCCCUUAGCUACUACAUAAAGGACUAACCUUUUUAACAUAUAACAAGAAGUACACCACAUAAAGUUGAAAAAAGCGGUUCAUGGACAAGAAAAAGUCAGUAUCAGGUUCCUCCUCAUCCUCAUCUUUCGAUCAUCUUUUUGGUCCAAGAGUCUCUUCCUCGUCUUCUUCAUCAACAACAGGGUUGUUCCAAUCCAUUUUCCCACCACCCUCAAUGGGGACGCAAGCGGACUUGGCAAAUCCAAAUGGAGCGGCUAUAUAUCAACCUCCAGGUUUGGGGAUUCCAAAUGAAAGAGGAGAAAGGAGAAAAAACAAGGAGAGAAAGCGUUACCAAAAUGAAGAAACACAACCACCAUGCAACUUGAGCUCAUCCAUAUAUUAUGGAGGCCAAGACAACUAUUCCUCCUCAACACCACCACAAUCAACAACCAAUCCAGAUGCUUAUAAGAAAGAUGGAGACGAAGACGAUUCUGAAAGUGCUUCAAGAGGAAAUUGGUGGGAGGGAUCGCUUUAUUACUAGUUAUCAAUCAUAGCCGAGAUGCAAUAUAAGCAAAGUGAUAUGUUUUGAUACAGAUUACGCGAUCAGUUUGCAGGAACCUUAAUCAAGUGAAGUAAGACGGAAGUUGACGUUCUGAAAUAUACCUAGAAAAAAAAAAAUAUAUAUAUAUAUAUACAUAAAUUAAAGCAGUAAUGUAAUAGUAUAUACAGCUGGCUUAAAAGAAAGCGAGAAAAAAAUAAUUCUCAUAUAGUAUCUAGUGUGUAUUAUAGUUUAAGAUGAAAUUAACGUUUAUCAAAAAGUCUUUGUAAACUCCAAUAUAUCACGAUGCAUGCUGCUUAGCAUGGAAUUAUAUUAUGUCAUAGUAACAAUGUCAUAAGAAGGACCAAACUAAACGUUCAGUCCAACAGUUUACAUUUUGGGCCUGUAAUGAAAAAAAGGUAGAAAAAGGCAGAACAGCAAGAAUGGAACAAAAAAAAGCGCCGUUGCCGGGGAUCGAACCCGGGUCACCCGCGUGACAGGCGGGAAUACUUACCACUAUACUACAACGACUUUUGUUGAUUAAAGUUCAACAAAAUUAUAUAUAUCACAUAUAUUUCAUCUUAACAUGUUGAAACAAAACAAUGCUCCCACUAUGUUUUGUUAGUUGAUAACAUCAAAAAAUAAAAGGAAUUAUUUGGAUUUACUUUCAAGCAUAUUACAACAAGAAAAGUUAAAACUAUGUUAUUUUGCUCGGGUCUGCAAAAUACAUUGUAAACUUUGUCAAUUGAUUAUUUAUUGUUGCAAACCAUUUCAAAUUUUUCUGACUUGUCUGGAAAAGAGAAUGUUUUUGUGUUCAAGUUCCUUUUGCAAAAAAAAAAAAAAAAUCUGGUACAAACAUUAAAACUGCAACGAAUAUGAAACAAUCUAAAAGCUUCACCAAAUUUUAAAAACUACAAAAUAGUUUAACUGUGAUUUAAAUUUGAAAAGAUGAUCAAAUUAACAGAUACCGGUCACCUUUUUUUUUGAAUAGUAUCGGUCACCUUUAAUAAGUCUUGAAUUAUGUUCACUGAUAUGAAUCAGAAGGGCCUUAUCCGCUUGAGUCACUUAUUCAUAAGGCAUAACUGAUUUGAACAUUAAAUCUGCCAAAUAUGCAAAUACAAAAAAAAUGCUAUUAUAUUAAGGAACAAAUGAAAACAAA